CCCUUCUCUUCACUACUCAAACCAUUUUUUUAGUUUCAUCACUCAAUGGAGUAUCUCCUUCAUCUAAUUGCUUCUUAUGAACCUGCACCACCUCUUACCAUCAUCCUCUUGGCCUCAAUACUAAUUCCUCCAUUCAUAUAUUUGUAUGUAGUUCUUCAUCAUCAUCAUCAUCAUCCCCAGUUCUAUUUGAUCAACUUCUCAUGUUACAGACCUGGUGAAGCUUACAAGUUUACUCGUGAGGCCACUGUGAAGGUGGCAAUAGAUGCAGGGACCUUCACUCCAGAGAAUGUGAAUUUUCAGAAGAUGAUACUUGAACGUUCAGGAUUAGGCCAGUCAACCUACUUCCCAAAGGCACUCUCAAAACAUCAGUCACCAGGCAUGGUUGGAGUAAGGGAGGAAUCAGAGAUGGUUAUCUUUGGUGCCAUUGAUGACCUUCUUGACAAAACUAUGUUCAAGAAUAAUAUUAAGAACAUAAGGUUCCUAAUUCUCAACAGUAGUUUGUUUUCUCCAACUCCAUCACUUUCAGAGACUAUCAUUAAUAGGUAUCAAAUGAGAGAGGAUCUCAAGGUUUAUAAUCUCAGUGGCAUGGGUUGCAGUGCUAGUCUUAUCUCUGUAGAUCUCGCCACCCAACUCCUCAAGGUACACAGAAAUUCAUAUGCGUUGGUGGUGAGUACGGAAAACAUAACACAGAACGCAUACUACGGAAACAAAAGAUCUAUGCUAGUAACUAACUGUCUCUUUCGCAUGGGAGCCGCCGCCAUCCUUCUCUCCAACCUCACCGCCGAUCGCCGCCGCGCCAAGUACCGGCUCACCAACUUGAUUCGUACGCAUGCCGGCGCCGAUGACAACUCCUAUAAGUGUGUCUUCCAGGAAGAAGAUAACGAAAACAAGGUCGGCGUGGUUCUCUCUAAACAAAUCAUGUUCGUCGCCGGUGAGGCUUUGAAGACUAACAUGACUGUGUUAGGACCUCAAGUCCUUCCCAUCUCCGAGCUACUCCAUUUCCUCAUGAACCUUAUUGGAAGAAGAGUGCUAAGGAUGAAGAUGAUCAAUGAUUACGUACCAGAUUUCAAGCUGGCUUUUGAGCACUUUUGCAUCCAUGCAGGAGGGAGGGCAAUACUGGAUGAGGUGGCGAAGAGGUUGAAGCUCAGUGAAUAUGAUAUGGAGCCAUCAAGGAUGACACUUUAUAGGUUUGGUAACACUUCAAGUAGUUCUGUGUGGUAUGAACUUGGUUAUGUUGAGGAGAAAGGGAGGGUCAAGAAAGGUGAUAGAGUUUGGCAGAUUGGGUUUGGUUCUGGGUUUAAGUGUAACAGUGCUGUUUGGAGAGCUCUUAAGAAUGUUGAGCCUGAGAGAAGGUCCCCUUGGCUUGAUGAAAUUGAUCAAUUCCCUGUUCAUGUCCCUGCAGUCAAUCCAAUUUCCAUGCCUUGAUCUGGAAAAUUGUGUUCCUAAUAUAGCUCUUAAUUAGGUGAUCAAUUAAAGCCAAUUUAUUUCUUAUGUAAUUAAA